AGAGUCAAUUUUAUGACAUUAAAAUUUUCCUGAAAAAGUAGUUCGGAUUCGUAGGAGCGUCUUGAGAAAACAGUGGUUCUGGAAUCUCAUUUCACUUGUCACGAGACAGUAGCAGCCGCUAGUCGGAACGGCAAGAACAUGAAGCCUGGAGUACCAAUGACCCUCAUUGCUCUGCUACUGCUGUUAUUCGCUCCAUUUUCCUCUUCUUCAAAACCCAAAGACCCGUUCCUCGGAAUCGCUCCCCAAGAUGAGAAGUAUUACAAGUCUUCCGAUGUAAUAAAAUGUAAAGAUGGAUCAGGAAAAUUCAACAAGGCCCAGCUCAAUGAUGAUUUUUGCGAUUGCUCUGAUGGCACCGAUGAGCCUGGUACAUCGGCAUGUCCGGGUGGAAAAUUUUUUUGCAGGAACGCAGGACAUGUUGCUGUUCACCUGUUUUCAUCUAGAGUGAAUGAUGGAAUUUGUGAUUGCUGUGAUGGAACUGAUGAAUAUGAUGGUCAAGUAAAGUGUUCAAAUACCUGCUGGGAGGCUGGGAAAGUAGCUCGAGAUAAGCUGAAAAAUAAGAUUGCCACUUAUCAAGAGGGCGUCAAAUUGCGAAAGCAAGAAAUUGAACUAGCUAAAUUAGCUUUGGAGAAGGAUGAAGCAGAACUUUCAAAAUUAGCAAGGGAAGAAAGUGUACUUAAAGGGAUUGUGAAACAGCUAAAGGAACAUAAAGAACAAAUAGAGAAGGUUGAGGAGAAGGAACGUUUACAGAAAGAAAAAGAAGAGAAGCAGAAAAAGGAAUCUGAGAAGGCUAAUGAAGAAAAAAAUAAAGACAAUGAAGAAGAAAUAGGACAUAUAAAUGAAGCUGGACAGCAUUCAGCUGUUGAAGACGAUCCUAUGGAUGAAGCAGGGGACAAAUUAGCAGAUGUACUUGAUAAUGAUGAUGGAGCCAGUGACAGUUCUGAAAGUGAAGGGUCUUUGCUUAAUAAAGUGGAAGAGGAUGAAGCAGGGGACAAAUUAGCAGAUGUACUUGAUAAAGAUGAUGGAGCCAGAGACAGUUCUGACAGUGAAGGAUCUUUGAUUAAAAAAGUGGAAGAGGGGAAUGACGUAUCUGAAAAUACUGAGGGAUUAUCAAGGGAAGAGUUGGGCCGGCUUGUUGCUUCUCGUUGGACAGGAGAAAAUGUUGAUAAGCAAAGUGCUGAAGCUGAUACUACAUUAGACAAUGAAGAUCAUGAAGAUCUUCCUAAGGGUACAGAUAAUGAGGAAUAUGAAGGCUAUGCUUCUGAAACUGAUGAUGAAAGUCACAAAUAUGAUGAUGACAGCCAUAAAUACGAUGAUAAAUAUGAUGAUGAAGAUGAAAUUGAUGAAGAAUAUCGAGAGGAUGAGCAUGAAGACCUUAGUUCCUCGUACAAAUCUGAUUUGGAUACUGAACCAGACUUGUCAGAAAAUCCUUCUUGGUUAGAGAAAAUACAGAAAACUGUACGGAAUAUUUUUCAAGCUGUUAAUUUAUUCCAGGCUCCAGUGAACCAAUCAGAUGCUGCUCGCGUACGCAAGGAAUAUGAUGAAUCAAGUACCAAGUUGUCUAAAAUACAGUCUAGAAUAUCAAGUCUGAAACAAAAGCUAAAACAUGAUUUUGGUCCAGCGAAGGAGUUUUAUUCAUUCUAUGAUCAUUGCUUUGAGAGCAAGCAGAACAAGUACACUUACAAAGUCUGCCCCUAUAAACAGGCUUCUCAGGAGGAGGGCUAUUCCACCACCCGUUUGGGGCGCUGGGACAAAUUUGAGGAUUCUUACAAAGUAAUGGUAUUUUCUAAUGGUGAUAAAUGCUGGAAUGGUCCUGAUAGGAGUUUGAAGGUCAAACUAAAAUGUGGGCUGAAAAACGAGAUUACUGACGUAGACGAACCAAGCCGUUGCGAAUAUGUGGCCUUAUUAUCUACCCCAGCACUUUGUCAAGAGGAAAAGCUGAAGGAGUUACAACACAAACUAGAAUUAUUGAAUUCGCAACAACCAGAAAAACAUGAUGAGUUGUGAACCAUGUAGUAUGAUGAUCAUCGAGCAAACUGAAGAACUGGGGCCUUAAGUUUUGUAUGCAAAGUGCUUACCCAAAUUUAUAUUAGUUGGGGUUAGGGAGGGGCUAGGAGCGGGUUUGACUUGGGGUUGGUAAUCCUUAUUCUGGCUGCCUGGAGAGGCAACAUUCUAAUAUGACUAAUCCCCUUGCACUUCUUUCUUUUAUUGAACACACAAUUACAUGGUCCCCGUGGCUCUCCUUGAAAUUGUUCAUUCCAUUCCCCAAGGGUGGAUCUUUAUACUCUGCAAAAUACUAGAUAGUCAGAACUUCUUAAGCCAAAAUUUUUGUUAGAAUAAGUGCACGUUGUUAUUGAAUUUUAGAUGGAGAAAUGGUUUCAAC